UGAGGCGCCUGCCGCCGCCACAAACAGUUUUUAGCCGCGGAGCCAGUAAGACGUGUUCACUCCCCAGCCCGAAGACAGUUUCCAGAUCUCUGGAAGCGUUCUCUCUUGAGUCUGCGACACACGAACACACACACGUUUUAAGUACUUCGACGAAAUAAAACAAACCCCCAUCCCGAUAUUUUUUGUGUUUUUAAAUAAGUUCUCGAAAAAGUUCUUUAUGAAAAAUGCAAAAGCAUUGAAAAAACAAAAUCAAACAAAAGAAAAGAAAAACAAAACAAAACUAAUGCAAAUAAAUAACCAACUCUGAGUGAAAUCCAAAAAGAAAACUGCACAAAAAAUGCAAAAGUUUCUAAUUUUCAAAAUCUUGCACAAGAAAUACAAAAUAAAUUGAGUGAAAAACGCAAAAAGGAAACAACGACGAAAAGAAUAACAACCAAAACGAACGAAGAACAAUAACAAAGAGCCAGGCUAAAAAAGAAACAGAACAAGAAAGAAGGAAGAAGGAAGAGGAAAGAGGAAAGCAGAGCCAGGCAAAAGCAGAAAGCGCAGGACACCCAUCCCCCCCCCACCUCAAAAUACAGACGCGCACAAUGGCCGUGCCCUUUUAUCUGCCCGAGGGCGGAUCCGAUGACAUCGCCUCGUCGGGCGCCUCGGGCUCCUCUUCGGGCGCAUCCUCGUCGGGUGCCUCCACCUCGUCGGCAGGUUCCUCGGACGGCGCCAGCAGCAUUGCCUCCCAGUCCCCGAACACCACCACAUCGGCCACGCAGACGCCGAUGCAGUCCCCACUGCCCACGGACCAGGUGCUCUACGCCCUCUGCCAGUGGGUGCGCCACUAUCACAGCCAAACCCAACAGAACGCCGCGCAGAUCUUCCAGUACCCGCCGCCGCCGAGUCCCUCCUGCAACUAUACGGUCGGCGAUGUCUUCUUCCCCCACGGCCCACCGCCAGUGCCGCCGCGGACACCGCGCACCAGCGUCAGCUUUGCCGCCGGCGAGGAGUACAACUUCUUCCGGCAGCAGACACAGCCGCCGUAUCCGGCGCCGUCCACGCCGCAGCCAAUGCCACCGCAGCCGCCGCAGUCGGCGCCACCGAUGCACUACAGCCACAGCUUCCCGCAGCAGUCGCCGCACUUGCUGCAGCACCACCAUCCCGCCUCCGUCUAUGGCAUGGGGCAGCACCAGCCGGGUCCCGGCUCCUACUACGCCACCUACACACCGCCCCCCACACCGAACACGGCCAAUGCCGGCACCUCGACCUCAUCGGCGGCCUUUGGGUGGCACAGCCAUGGCCCCCAGCUGGCAUCGACACCGCUGACGGCGCCAAUGGGCUCCAAGAUGCGGCUGCAGCGCAGCCAGUCGGAUGCAGCCAGACGCAAGCGAUUGACCUCGACGGGCGAGGAUGAGCGCGAGUAUCAGAGCGAUCAUGAGACCAGCUGGGAUGAUGAGUACGAUGAUCGUUAUGACAAUUUUACGGCCGGACGGGAGCGUCUGCAGGAGUUCAACGGACGGAUACCACCACGGAAGAAGAAGAACAGUCACAGCAGCAGCAGCAGCCACAGCCACAGCCACAGCAACAACAAUCCAAUCAGCCAAAAUAAUUUCCAACUCCAUUCAUCGAAUGCCGAGUGCAGCAGCAGCGCCAGCGGCAGUGCCAGCCACGGCAGCAACAGUCAGAGAGAGCGGGAGCAGCGAGCGGAGGCCGAGAAGAAGAAACCGCAGGUCUUCACCUGGCCGACCGUUGUGACCGUGUUCGUGCUGGCCAUGGGAUGCGGCUUCUUUGCGGCGCGAUGAAACCCCUGGAUAUGUGUAACCGAACGAUCUAUAGUGAAAUCAGCUAGCAUAUAGGAUAUAUACACGAUCUAUACGUAGAUAUAGCGAAACCGUAACAUAAGUGCAACGAAUUUAUUGAAAGCAGAAAGUCAUUAAUUCGUAAACCGAUUGUUAAAUAUACAUAUACCGAUACCGAUACCGAUACCGAUACGAUUAAGAGGGUUGACGGGACACAAGAACAAUAUAUUCUAUCUGUCUAGGGUAACUUUUGUAUUUGUACUGUACGAGUAUCUCCAGAAAAAGCAACAGCAACACAAAUUUCCUCAAAAACUGCUCAAAGUAAACGAAAACUCUCAGACUGGCAAAGUGACUCAGAAUCAAAGCCUAUUUUUUAUUGCGGAUACAAACAUGUAUUUUUGUACAACUUUUUGAACACUUAAAUAUACACAGACACACACAGAAAUUCAACAAGUACAAAGACCAAUACAAAGACAAACGAAACAACAAAAGAACAAAAGGAAAACUGCCAAUUCUUGAGAUAUAGUACUCUUCGCGACGAUUUUCGUUUUUGCAUUUAAUCAUCUGGUAUUCCACCUGCAUUUUCUUCCACCCACAACCACCCCCAACCCCCAAAACAAUUUCAAUGUCUUCGAUUUUGUGAUUUCGAAUCGCAAGCAAAAUAAAAAAAAAAUAUAUACAUAUAUAUAUUUUUUUUUGAUUAUUUGUUUAACUAGUAGAAAUUUUUAAGCAUAAGCCCCACACAGCAGAAAGAUCACACGCCUAGCUUUAAUUGUUAAAAAAAAAAAACAAACGCAGAGAAAAAAAUCAUAAAAAAAAAAACGUCUAACUUAGUUUUUUUUUUAUUUGUAUAUAGUUUUAAUGCCAUUUUUGUGAUGUUUUGUGUCUACGGUUUAUGUCAUGUUAUUUUAGUUAAAUUUCGUAUGAUUAGUAUUUUUUUUGUAACAUUUUUUUUGUCAUUGUUCAUCAUUGUCUUCAAAUUGGUCUCACAAUUUAGUUGUUUAAGUCCCAGGGCGCGGGAAAUGUUCAGCCGGGAAAUUGUCUGCCCCUGAAAAAGGCCGCCCUCUCUCCGAAAAUCUUUUUUGGAACACGCACACAAAUGAUCUCUCCCAAAUGGAAAUUAAUGCAAGUUGAUCUCCAACGAUAGCCAAAGUCAAAGGAAAAAGUAAUUCAAACGAAGGAGAAGGGGAAAGCCAAUUUUCAGAGGGGCAAGUUCCGAUUUUGCUGGCGUUUCCUGGCCGUUUCAAUGCUAAUCGAAUACACAACGUGAACAUGAAAGCGAAAAUAGUGAAAAACAAAAAAUCAAAAGAAAGGUAAAAACAAUUCCCAAAAAUCGCAUUGAUCUCAUGGAUUUAUACAAUACACACAGUUUUUUUUUUACAAUGAGAAAACAAAAUACAAUAAAAAAUAAGAGAAGAAAAUGAAAAGUGAAACAGAAACAGAAACAAAAAGGGAAAGAAAAAGAGAAACAGAAAACGGAAAACAAGAGUUAAGUGUAAGAAAAGUCUAGGCUUAAGUUCGCCAAGCGUUUUAGUUCUAAAUUCAACAGAGUUUAAGGUAGAUUUAGUGAGUUUUUCACGCGUUUAUUUUGUACAUACAUACAUAUACCUAAAGCAAUAUUAUUCUGUGUAGCCAUAAGCGAUAGCCCAGACCCCCAGAUACAUGUAUACCCAGAUUCCAGACUCCAUAUCCUUAUCCACUGCCAACCGCAGCCCCAGAUAUACAUACAUACACCUUCAAGCUAAAUAGAACACUACACUUCUCAACUUAUGAACUAAUCAUGACACACACACACAACACACACACAAACACCACUUCCAAAAACCCAAUGAAAAAUUAAUUUUGUAAAUUUGUUGCAUCAAAUGAACCGGAAACGGCGGGAGCCUGUCUUCCCCUCUGGUUCAUUGCCAAUUAGUUUUCACAAUGAUCUCGGUAAAGUUUUGUGGCCUCGCAGGGCCCAGAAGUCAACAUGGAAACAUUGAUUUCUGGCCUGCCAUGAAUACUGGAACAAAAAGUUAAAGGAAAGCAGAAGCAGAAGCAGUAGCAGAAGCAGAAUCAGAAGCAAAAGCAAACUAUAUUUUUGACCCGAUGCGACUUGAUCCGUUUGUUAAAUUUAAGUAUCUUUACUCGACCCUGUACAUAGCGCGCAGUUCGAAUCAUAGAAUCAAAUGCCAUUUUUGUAUAGAAUUUUGUUUGGUGCCAAAACAGUGACAGAUAAUUGUCUGCGACACACACACACAUACACACACACACACACACACAUACACACACACACACACACACACACGCAUACACAUUAUACAUAAUAGAAUUUAUUUAUCCUAAGCUCGAUCCUAAGUUCAACAAUUCAGCAAUUUGUCAAUUCAAUUCAACUUAGGAAAUAAUCCUCUUUUUUUUUGUAGUUUUUCGUGUUCGGAAGAAGCGCAAGACUUCGUUUAAUUGUACAUUUUAUAUAUUAUGCUGUAAUAUUUUAAUAUGCAUAAAUAAUAUCAUUAUUGAUCUCAUGAAUAUGUUCAUAAGACAAAAUAAGCAGCAACAAUUAUCUGUAUAAAUACAUUCGAGUGCAUACAUGUGUGUGCUUAUGUGUAAAUGAAAUACAAGUGCAUAAAUAUAUCAUGUAAGAUUUACAGAACAAACAAAAUUCAAGCAAAAACUAAAAAAAAAAA